UGUCUCUCAAUCUUUUCUUCUCCAUGACAGUAUUUUGUAGAUCUGUUUAACUAAUUAUACUUCAAUGGAGAUGAGAAAUACUUUCACAUCAAUGGUUGGAGUAAGAUUUGCAGUAGUAUUUGUGGGUAUAGUUUUUUUUACACUAUUGUGCUUAGCAGACAGCAAUAAUGCCAUGAAUAUUGGGCAUGGAUACAGACUGACUUCUAUAGUUAAAGACUCCAAAGGAAACCUUUUUGGGCAGCUUCAGCUUAUCAACAAAACUGAAAUUUAUGGCUCUGAUUUAGAAGAAUUGCAGCUUGUUGUGAGCUAUGAAACAGAGGACAGAUUACAUCUGUCAAUAACUGAUGCUCAAAAGCCCAGAUGGGAGGUCCCUCAAGAACUACUUCCAAGAGAAAGAGCAACCUUCUUAUCACAGAAAACAAGUAACAACUCUUUUGCAAAUGGAGGAGAAACAGGGCAACCGGAAUCUGAUCAUCAUCAUGAACUUCAGUUUUCAUACACGACCAAUCCAUUUGGGUUCUCAAUUAUGCGGAAAUCUUCAGGGGAGGUUCUAUUUAAUACUACAGAUGAAGGACCCAACAGUCUGGUUUUCAAGGACCAAUUCAUACAAAUUUCGACAAGAGUUCCUCCAGGUGCUUCACUAUAUGGACUCGGUGAAAGCAGUAGACCAGGGGGAUUUAAACUAGUCAGAGGAGAUACUUAUACUCUCUGGAAUUCAGACAUUCCAAGCUCCAAUGCUUAUCUUAAUUUGUAUGGAUCUCAUCCCUUUUACAUGGAUGUUAGACAAGGUGGGACUGCUCAUGGAGUUUUGUUCUUGAACAGCAAUGGAAUGGAUAUUGAAUAUGCAGGGGACAGAGUUAAGUACAAGAUCAUUGGGGGGAUUAUAGACUUUUACUUCUUUUCUGGACCAUCUCCAACAUCAGUGAUCCAACAAUAUACCAAACUCAUUGGAAGACCAGCACCAAUGCCAUACUGGUCAUUUGGUUUCCAUCAGUGUCGAUGGGGUUACAAGGAUGUCAGUGACCUAGAAACAGUUGUGUCUGGUUACCGGGAAAAAGACAUUCCUUUAGAUGCAAUUUGGAAUGACAUUGAUUAUAUGGAGGAUUUCAAGGAUUUUACUCUGGAUCCUGUAAAUUAUCCUGCCGCAAAAUUGCGGCCCUUCAUGGAUCAGCUUCAUGCAUCUGGUCAGAAAUAUGUGCUCAUUGUUGAUCCAGGAAUCAAGAUUGAAAAGGGAUAUGAUACAUUUGACCAUGCAGUGAAAGAAGAUAUCUUCAUCAAGCAAGAUGGACAGCCUUACCUUGCCCAAGUAUGGCCUGGGCCAGUUCAUUUCCCUGAUUUCCUCAACCCAAAAACCCAACAAUUCUGGACAAAAGAGAUAUCUCAAUUCCUUGAAACAGUUCCUGUAGAUGGCCUAUGGAUAGACAUGAAUGAAGUGUCAAACUUUUGCAGUGGCGUUACAUGCUCCUUACCAGAAAAUAGAAUGUGCCCUAUGAAAGGUAAACCAAUAACAGAUUGCUGUCUUGUGUGCAGUUCUCCCCCAAAUUCUACAAAAUGGGAAGACCCACCAUACAAAAUAAGAAACAAUGGCAAUCACAGACACAUCAGGGAUAAAACAAUUACACCCAGUGCUCUUCAUGCAAAUGGUAUCCUAGAGUACAAUGCACACAAUCUCUAUGGUCUCUCUGAGACUAUUGUAACAAACAGGGCACUAAAAUCCAUUAGAAAGAAAAGACCAUUUAUCCUAACAAGAUCUACAUUUGUAGGAUCAGGUGCCUAUGCAGCCCAUUGGACAGGAGAUAAUGCUGCAACAUGGGAUGACCUGAAGUACUCUAUUCCAUCAAUACUUAACUUUGGGCUAUUUGGGAUGCCUAUGGUGGGUGCAGACAUAUGUGGUUUCUUGAAGGAUACCACAGAGGAGUUAUGUAACAGAUGGAUUCAGUUGGGUGCAUUUUAUCCAUUUUCAAGGCAGCAUUCUGAUAAUGGCACCAUCAGGCAGGAGCUAUACCUCUGGGACUCAGUUUCAGUUUCAAGUAGAAGGGCAUUGGCAUUGAGGUACGAGCUACUUCCAUAUCUAUAUACACUAUCAUUUGAGGCUCAUUUAACAGGGAAUCCUAUAGCCAGGCCUAUGUUCUUCACAUUCCCUGACGACCCCAUCACACUUAACAGAAGCACUCAGUAUCUUCUAGGCAAGGGGAUACUCAUAUCUCCUGUUUUGGAUCAAGGAGCAACUAGUCUGAAUGCAUAUUUUCCCAGGGGAACAUGGUACAAUCUAUUUGAUUUUUCCCAUGUCAUCAGUCCUAAAAAUGGGUCUUUUAAGGUCUUGGAAGCUCCUAUAGACACCAUCAAUGUACAUAUGGUUGAGGGCAUUAUUUUACCAAUGCAGGAAGGUGGGUUAACUACAAUUGAAGCCAGGAAGACUCCAUUUACUCUUCUCAUAUCAUUUCCUAUGAAUUAUGAUCAACAUUUCAACGAUUCUGAUGAACAGUACCAUGCAAAAGGUGAUCUUUUUCUAGACAAUGGGGAGGACAUAGAAAUGCAUAUUGAGGAAAACAGAUCUACAUAUGUAGAAUUUCAUGCUUAUGUUGUAAGAAAUAGGGUUGAAGUGAUCUCUGAAGUGAAGUGUGGGGAAUAUGCAUUGCAGCAAGAAUGGAAGUUGCAGAGGAUUGUGGUCUUGGGAUCCUCUUCUAGGCCUCAGAAUUUGACAAUCAAUGGGUUUCCAUCUACAGUAGUUGCCAUUCAUAAUACCUCCACAUCCUUGACUAUUGGCGACUUACAUCUGAAUAUUGGCGAAAGAUUCAAGAUAUGGUGGGAAAUUAUGUUUAACAUUUGAAUUGUGUUCUAUAAGAACCAGAUUAAGGCACAAAUAAACAAAAUUGGUGUGCACCGUAAGCAUUUACAAGAAAAAGUCAUACCCCAAUCUCAUCUUAUGACUAAUUAGAUCCUAUGAACCUGUGCUCAUAGUUUCAAAAUGAUCAUAGGAAUGUUGAUCUCUUUGGAAGGCGAGAAAUUUGAAUGUUCAAUGCUUUUUACUACGUACCUAUAUACAAUUAUAUAAA